UUAUACAUAAACAUUCGGAGCUCGAUCAGUCUGCAUUGCGCCGUCCCCGACGAUGGACUUCAAGAAUAAGGUCGUCGUGAUUACUGGCGCGAGCUCCGGCAUCGGUGCAGCUGCCGCCUUCCUGUUCGCCAAACAAUCUGCCACCCUCGUCCUCGUGGCAAGAAACGAGCAACUACUCAACGACGUAGCGGCAAAAUGCGAAUCCGAAAAUGGAAUCAAACCGUUGAUUAUUCGAGCGGAAUUAAGCAGCGAUGACGAUGUCAAAAAUAUAGUGACAAAGACUAUUGAAACGUUUGAGAAAAUUGACGUGCUGGUGAAUAAUGCUGCAGUAGGAAUGCGCGGCAGCAUUCGUGAUGGAGUCGAGCCUUAUGACACCGUCAUGGCUGUGAACGUCAGAUCGGUAUAUUUAUUGACCAGUCUUGCUACACCUCAUCUAGUGAAGUCCAAAGGCUGUAUUGUGAACGUGUCGAGCGUUGCUGCUUUCAAGCCUAUCAAAGAUGCUGAUUAUUUGCCUUACUGCAUUUCAAAAGCUGCUCUUGAUCAGCUGACGAGGUGUGUGGCUUUGGAGCUUGCCCGUGAUGGAGUUAGAGUAUGUUCUGUGAAUCCUGGAGGUACGAGGACUUCGUUUGCACAGAACGCCGGAUUCAGCAAAGAAGAAGUGGAACAACUGUACGCGACUCGUGAUAAGAGCUACCCGCUAGGUAAAAUGGCAGAGCCAGGGGAGGUGGCUGACCUGAUUUUGUAUCUAGCCAGCGAUCGCGCGCGCAGCAUCACCGGCACAGUUUACGUAAUAGAUAAUGGUGAAACACUAAUGUGAUAGCUGGUUUCGUGAUAAUUUUUAUAUAUUCAUUUAAACUAUUCUUACAGGUAAAAAUGUGGAACUGUUUUAGUUCAUCUGAGUGAUAUUAACAUUUAAAAUAUAAUUUUCAAAUAUUGUUAAUAAUUUAUAAUCUGUUUACGGUAAAAUAUAUUAUAAAAUUUUGAGUUUGUCACAAUUAUUAUAAAAUUAUGUAUGUAAAUUUAUAUCAAGUAUCGUUAUAUGAAAAUAAAAUAAAAUCCUACGUAUCGAGCGUUAAUCUACUGCUAUUUUUUAAUAAUUUUAUUCAUUUAUUUUAAUUAAAAGGUCUGCCAACAGUGGUUACAGUGAUACAUUGUUAGGUAUAGGUAGAAUCGAUAGGUAUCUUAAGCUUAUUGCACAGCUAGGCAAACACCACUUGUGUAAACUAAGAGUAAAGAGGGAAGAAUAGCUUUGCGAUCCUAAUCGAACGUAUGUACGUACAUUUUUGAUAAAAUUUCCAUUUCUGCACUAAACUAGCACUAACAACAGUUUCCACUAAUUAAAUCUUAACUAAUCACUUUGAUUUUCAUGUAGAUCGCUUCAGCAUAAUAUAUUCUAAAUCUAUAGGUACGGCCAGGUUUUAAUCACAUUCUAUACUUUUUUUUAUAAAAACUAUGUAAUUUUUUUAGUGGAAACAAAAUGGAAAUUUCAUCAAAAAUGUACGUAAAUUCGGAUAGGAUCACAAAGCUAUUCGAAAGAAACUUUAAAACUAAACCUUAAGAAAUUAAGUAGUUAGCAAACAAAAAUAAUAAUAAAAAAUAUAGUAUAUACAAAAGCCAGACAGAACACAGCAGUACAACUCGGAGUGCAUUAAUUAUAAUUACUAUGCCCAACACACAGGUAGAGGUUUAGUGAAUUAGCUCCGAACAAACUUAGGACACAACUUCAGACAUAAAUACUAUUCUCUGCAAAAGCUAGACGGUAAGAACCUUACAAGAAUGAACGCGUGUAAGGCAGGAAAUAAAGCCCAACAUAAAUAGGCCAACAACUAACACUGCCUUGAUAAUUUAGUCCGUGUUGCUGGUGCCGUUAGUUUUAAUUUCGUGUGGCGGACGGAGGUGGUACGUAAAGCUAAACGUACGGUGUCGGUGGACGCAAAUGAGGAGUAACACGGGCUGCAGGAACGAGCGCCGCGAUAACUCGUGUUGUAUCACGAUGUAUCACUUUAAUAAAACACGUACCCACGUUUCAAUUUCACGUUUUGGGCCAUAUUUUUGUUACCUAGUUUCUCGUAUAUUUUGUAUACAAAGAAAGAGUGAAACGACGCAUGUUUGUGUAUCAGGUAUAUUCCUAAAUAGGUAUAAAUGUUUGACGUUAGUAGACAUUUUAUGAAUAAAAAUUUAAUAUUGUUUACAUACUAUAGAUUUUUGAGUAAGACAUAUUACAUAUUAAAGACAUGUAAGAAUACUAGAAUAAGGCACGAUGGGGUUGGCAUAAUCAUGUAACUGUUGAAGUCCCUAAACAAUAAAUAGACAAAAGUA